AUGAUUGGGAAUAAAACAUCAUCUAACAGUGUAAAUUUGGUUGAUUUUAUAAAUCCAGCUUUAUUGCAUCCACCUUCAAGAAAAAUAUAGCUUAUAGAAUAAACUAAGACAAUUAAGUUACUAAAGAGUUAUCACAAAAUUCCAUAGAUAGCCACAGAAUUUCAAUCCCCAAUGAUUGUGAAUAAUUUAAGGAAUAAAAAUGAGUCAUUAUAUUCACUACCAUUUUAGUAAUAACUUUUGGAGAAAGAUAGAUAAAUUACUAAAAUUGAAAGUGAAACCUCCAAUAAAACUAGAUCAAAUAAUCCAUUACACAGUUUACCAUAAAUUCCAUUAGCAAUUAUUAAUACUUAAGCUAAACUAAUUGAUUUAAGUCGAACCAAUAAUAUGAUUCAAUCACCUUAAAAUAGUGAUACAAAAAGAUCAUUGAUUUCUCCAAAAUUGAAAUCAAAUAGUAAUAGAUCAAAUAAAAAUUAUACUUGUAACUCUACAACUACAGGAAGUAGUAAAGAUUCAAGUUCUCAAAUAGCAAAUACAUAAUAAUCUAAUCUGACUAAAAAUAUAAUGGAUUCUUAUUAUGGUAAGCCAAGAAAAAGAAAAUUAAAUGUCACUGCAAAAAGUUUUAUUGUUUAUGAUUGCAUCGAACAUAAAACUAUUUUAAAAAGAAAAAGUAAUAAAAAAGUUGAAGUAGCUAGUUUAACUAAAAUCAUGACUUUUUAUGUAACUUUAUUAACAAUUGAAUUAUUCAAUCUAAAUUUGAAAUAGAUAAAAGUUAAAGUGACAAAAAAAUCAUCUGAGACAAUUGGUACAACUGCUGAAUUAAAAUAUAAUGAUAUUUUAUCAAUGGAGGAUUUACUUUAUGGAUUAAUGUUACCUUCAGGAAAUGAUGCUGCAGUUCUUAUUGCUUAAGCUAUUGGAACUAUUAUGUAAAAAUAAUAUAUCUAUUGACUUGAUUAGAUUGUUUUAAUAAUAAAACAAGAGGUUGGAUCUUAAAUUAAUUGAUAUCGAACAAUUAAGUGCUGAAGGAUAUUAUUAUAAUCAUGAAUUUAGAUUCUAAUAUUGUCCUAUUGAAGUUUUCAUUAAAUAAAUGAAUAAAUAUUCUUAGUAAAUUGGAUAAUAAAAUACACAAUUUGCAUGUGUACAUGGAUUAGCUAAUGAAGAUAAUGUAAAAAAAGGAUAUAAAUUAGUAUUCUUGUUGCAACGAUAUUAUAACUUUAUCUAUAGAAUGUUUAAAGUAUGAACUAUUCUAGACUGUGAUUUCAUCUAAAGAAUAUGUAGUAAAAUCACUUUAUAAAUAAUAUGAAUGGAAAAACACAAACAAAUUAUUAGAUAAAGGCUUUUUUGGAAUUAAGACUGGUAUAACUGACUCGGCUGGUCCAUGUUUAGCAAGUGCAUACCGUUCUAAUGAAAUGGAUUAUUAUAUUAUUAUUGUAUUAAAUUGUAAGAAUAUGAACAUGAGAUUUGAUGACACCAUUAUUUUAUUAUAGCAUGCAAAAUUAAAAAAAAUGAUGACUCCGAUUCCAUACUGA